UUGGAUAAUUAUUUCGCCAUGUGUUGUAAAGAGCUGAAAAUAGUUGGCGCUUUUAGAAAAGAUAGCCACAAUUUUCCGGCAUUUUUGGCAAACAUUUCUAUAUUUAUACAAUGAACUUUUCCCGAAGCAAUUGCUCCCCGUUGAGGAAAAGCCCCGUGGUGCAGCGUAGCCUUGACUUUCGUUUGCGGAGCGCCCAGGCGAGACACUACUUGAAAUGGUGCUCCAUCAAUGUGCUCCUCCUCUCGCUACUGCUGUUUGACUUGUGGCAGGCAUGCCGCACCGUCUACAGAACCUACUGGUUUCUGUUGGAGUGCACGAUCACCAGCGUGGUUGGGCUGAGUGCGGUGGCUUGUUUUGUGAAGUAUUUGUGGUUAUGGUGUGGCGGCGACCAGGUUAUUGGCACAGAUUACCAAAAGUAUCUCUUAGACGGCAAGGAUGACAACUCCUUCAGGACUGUGUAUACCCGCCCUUCAAAGAAGCCUCGCAGCUAUGAUCCUGAUACCGAUUUCGAGGACGAUGUGCCCUAUAUCAAUUGGCAUUCCUCCUUUGAGGACUCUUGUUGGGGCUCUCAGUCUAUGCGCCGCAGUCCCAGUCCGACGCGAACUCCCACACAUCAGCAGAACCCACAAAACACAUCCUACAACAACUCGUCCAUGGUGCACAACAACUCUUUGAAUGCCAGCAACCUCAGUAACGAGUCGAACUACAUGUCGCCCUAUGCUGAUAUUUGCCGCGACGACUUCCUUACGGAUCCCCGCAGACUUUCCCGUCUUAUGAAGAAAGCGGAACGAGAACGCAAAUUUGUCGAUAGCUCUGAAGCGCCCAAUACACAGAGCGUAGUAUCUGCCAACUCUUUCUGGAACUACUGCAACAACGCAGCCUAUAUGCUAAAGAGUACCAUAUAUCAACUGGCUCCGGCUCCACCAGUAUCUACUGAGAAUGCUCCCUCUUCCAUUGAGGAGUUUGCUGGCUUCCAGUUUAAGGACAGCAAUUCGGAAGUUAUCAAGCGCAUUUCCACGGAUAAACUGUCGCAAUAUGUGGCCAAUCUUAGAUUUUGGAUUUCCACCACAAUCCUUCAGCGGUUGGUCAAGGAAAUCAACUUUGUGGACGAUGUGUUUCGCCAGCGAGGUCUUGUAGACCUAAAGAUCGGGUCUGUUGGCCUGGAACGUCUACGCAAAACAGCAGAGAACCAGCAAUUUGUGCAGACCUGUGCCCCUAUGCUGCCCAUGCUCCUGCCUUUCCUGGACACAUUCAGCAACCAGGAGUACCUCGUGCAGCGCAUUCGAGAGCUGGCUCAGGGCUCAUGCAUAGCCGAUUACCGCUGGAACUCGGGAAACACCCACAAAGGACAGGAGUGGGGCGAGCACCUGCCCACAGAUGCAGCUAUUCUUUUCCAUGUGUUUUGCGUUUAUUUGGACAGCCAGUUAAUGCCACUACCGCAGGGCGGCGGACGACCCUUCCAUUCCCGUUAUGUGCUGACGCGAGAUGAGAAACGCUCCACCAAGGACAUCGUAAAUGCUGUGCACAACAAGGCCCACUGUGCCAUUUUAGUUACCAGCAACCAGAACAAUCCCAAGUUUAACUUUAUAAGCGACAAGGAGCUGCACAACUCCGUCUAUGAUCGGAACAAUCUGUUCUAUGUGAUCAUCCAGUUCCUCAUCUACAUGCGCCAGCAGCAGGAGUCCGCCCUGGAGGGCGUCAAUCUUGGCAAGAGCGGCAUCAACAUCAUGUGCGUCAUCGAAGACUGAGGUGGCUUCCAGCUGAGAGCACACCGAAGACACUUGUUAUUCAUAAGCAUCAUUUAUCAUUGUGUGACCCAUCGUGUAGCCAUCGAUUGCCGCCUGCCCAAGCGGAGCCUUCCUCUCACUACAUCGUUACUAUUAAAUUAUGCAUUUGUAAUUAUUAAGUCAA